AUGCUGAAAAAUAUCGCAGAGCUCGUCGCCCUCGCGGCGGUCAUCCACCUGACGCUGGUCGGCUCUAGGCCGGCGGAGGCGAGGUCGGUGGACCUGGCCGACGUCUUCAACCGAACCGUGUGUCCGAUCAAGGUCGAGAUCGACGAGAACCCGCACCGCGUGCCGAGGAAGAUCAAGAUGCUGAAGUGCGCGGAGGAACCCCGCGAUUGGUGUCGCCAGCCCGAGGUACCUCCGCACCUGCAACACGAGUGCUGUCGGCACAGCCGCCACGGCCACGUCAUGGAGUGCGUCGAGCUGCACGACACGGUUCUAGUGUUCGACAAGAAGAAGAACGAGAUGGUGACGCUGGACGUGGCCGUCGGUUGCUCGUGCAUCGUAGAGAAGAGCACGAGGGCGCCGCCCGUCGAGCAGUCGCCGACGUGA